GUCGACAGCUUGUGCAUCGUACUCCGAUAUGAGUUCCUAGCUCCUUCUUUUGACAAAAAAUCGUGCGACGAGGACUGAGAGUUCGGGACGCAACAAACCGUUCCACAAUGGCGACUGAGGUAGACUCGUCGACCGCUACUGGUAUACCCAAUCCUGCUCUCGGCAAACCACUUCCGCCAUACGCGCUGGCUUGGGGACCAUCCGUGUGCCGCCCGGCUUUCCUGCCAAACACCUAUGACAAUCGCAUUGCUCCGGAAUACAUCUUUCUCAUUUCCGACACCGACACCGAGACGGAUGCUACCCCAAAUACAGGGAGAUAUGUGGUCAUUGAGCGAUGCGAUGGAUGCAGGGAUGUCAGACAGGCCUGCACACGGACACUGCCUGCCUGCUCGAGAUGUGUGGCGAGCAAGCGCGAGUGCAUUGUAUCGCAAAAGAUAUAUGUGGCUCUACCCAAUCCGAAAGUACCGCACACUAGAAAAGCGAAUCUCUCUAGCGUCGGCGUAGUGCGGGGUGAGGCAGUCGAGCGGGAACGCUCGUGUGCACUCAACGCCGAUUUGAGUAAGCGCAGGAAAGGCGCAAACAAACAGAAAGGGUCGAGGGAGCAGAGAAGAUUACUGCCCAAGACUGCGGUGCGCGAAAUCCGCUCGAAGAUCAAGAAGGCCGGUAUCAAACCAAGGUGGCCAUCUGAGCGACAGACAGGCAAGAAGAGGAGAGUCAUUAGCGGCCGUAAAGUCUCCGCAAAACCGAUGAUCUCGGAGUCUACAGCAUUUGCGCCCACGCCGCAGACUGGCGUAGUUUGGCUCCCAAUCUCUCCCACUCCCAAUUCUCCCACUCCCAAUGAAGCACUCCGGUCACCUCAGCAGCCGCUCCCCGGUCGCCCGCGCAUAUGGACCAGUAGCAAGCAUGACUUACGUAAAAUACUCCCAAACCUCGCACGGGAAGUGAACGGGCUUGUGUUCGGGGUCAGACAACUUGUACAAUCUGCUGAGGUGGAUGAGGCGCCAAAGUCCGCCGAAGCGGUGUACAGCAUCCCCCCUGUGAACCUAGACGACGUCGAACCUCAAAGGGUUUGCCAACCUACCCACCUUCACCCCUCGUUCCAGAUUGAUAUAGCAAUGCCUGGCUCUAUCUCCGCGUUUCAUUCCUACUCAUCGGCUUACGGCCCCUCUAUCGAUGCUCCGGGCGGUCUGGAUGGCAUAGCGCUGUACCGGAUAUCACCCGCACCAGACUCCGAGGAAGAAACAGCGGCAGGCACCGUAUCGCACGCGGUCUAUAAACAUCCCAGACAAUCUCAGUCCCCGUCCACAGUCUCCCAUCCGGUUUCAACCACUCAUACCUGGAUUAGCCCGAUAAAUGUACGGAAAGCUGUUGCCGGGCCCCAUCCCCCCGAUAUACAUGAUGCUUCUUCUCUCUCCUGCUCUACAAAUCUUUCGAACACGGUCCCGCGUGAUGUCACUGUCCAGCCUCAGCACAUCCACCAAUCCCAGGCAUUGUCUGAGGGACAAAGCAAACUGUUUUUACGGCACAAUUAUUACGAAGGAUAUGGACCGGAGCUCGGAAGUACAGAGCAUGUCUCAAGCCAGUCACGGUGUGAUUUCGUACUCCCUCUAUCAGCAAACAACUUCCCGUUUCAGGAUCUACGCGCGCCUACGACGGCUGCAUUCUCGCAGAUUGAAGCUGAUGCUGCAAUGCAUAAUCCGAGCGUCCUAUGGUGGCCUGGACAACUGUACGCAGACCUUUGUUACCUCCCACUGGGGACUUACGCUGAGGGCUGGCACCUUCUAGCUCCGCUGUCUUCGACGUCCCUACGGCGUACGCAGUCACACUAUGAGCAAGCGGCUCUAGAUGUCCACGUCUCGUUGCCCCUUGAGAAAAUGAAUGAUGUUGACGGCCUUCCAGAAGAAUCGCAGAUCGCGCGUCAGAGAUCUUCUUCACCUUCAGAAGCUGGCGAGUCACCCAGCAUUCCGCUCAGAUGUAUCACGUCUAGGACAACAACAACAGCUGAAGACACCGCGUCCUUAGCCUUACCGCUCGCCGGUUCGUCAGGCCUAGGGAAUGAUCAGGGGCAGUCGUCGGUGCAGCCUGAUGAAGUGCUAGAUACAACAUCGUAUGUCCCUGGCUGGUGGCCCGAGGAGAUCAAAGCCCUCGUCAACAACCAGACGCUGCAAAUUCCUAUCCGUGUAAUCUUGUGCCGAGAUUCGCCGCUAUUCCCGCUCUCUCUUCCACCCGAAUAUGGCUGUGUAUUUUUAGGCUUCUUCUACAUCAAAGAGGUCAGCAUGGUUGUCAUAGGCGACAAGGAACCGACACCUACCUCGGCGGCGGCCAGCCUUGAUCAUUGUCGUGAAAUCGGCGACCGCAUGUGCUGGGAUUUCAAGCUGGAAUGGACACCAGGAGGGGAGUUCGUGUACCCCUCGAUGGAUAUCCCGUUAGUGCCCUGGUGGGCGGUUGCACAAGAGGCUACACCAUAUACACAUCCACAGGGAGAUAUACCUCCUUUUACACUCCUCCCGUUGCACCUCCUCGCUGCCAAUGUUGCUUCGGAUUUUCAAUUCGAGAACGGCACGUCCGAGAACCACAGCGCCAACCAAUUGGCCUUGGGACAGGCCUACCAAGGGCAUCAACUCUAA